AUGCUUUUCCGCUCAGUGGUGGACAGAGGAGUGGGCAGACGGAGGCAGAAUGCUCUCCCUGCAGAUCCCUGGUCCAGGUACCCUCUGAGUUCCCUGCUUGAAGGCUACCGAUGUGUCCGACAUGAUGAACAUAUCUCCUAUGGGAACCUUGGUGACUCUGUGCCACCGUUUGGAUUAGCUUUCUCCUCUGCCAGGGACCUGCAGAACAUCCUCGCAGCAGCUAAUGAAGAAGGCAUUGUUAGGCUCUACAACACAGAGAGCCGUAAAUAUCCACUUCUCAAAGCAUGGCUGGCUCAUGAGAAUGCUGUCUUUGAUAUCGCCUGGAUGCCAGGGGAGCCUCAGUUAGUAACUGCUGCAGGUGACCAGAUGGCCAGGCUGUGGGAUGUGAAGUCUGGAGAGUUGUUAGGCAGCUUCAAGGGCCACCUCUGCAGUCUUAAGUCUGUUGCAUUCGCACCAGAGGAGAAAGCUGUGUUUUCCACUGGAGCCAGAGAUGGAAAUAUUAUGGUCUGGGACAUGAGGUGCAGCAAAAAAGAUGGUUUCUACAGACAGGUGAACCAGAUCAGCGGAGCUCACAACAAAGCAGAGACAAACCCUCCCUCUAAAACGAAGAAAAGACGGGGCGGCAUGCGCGGCAUGGCUCCGAGCGUGGACUCCCAGCAGAGUGUUACAGUGGUUUUGUUUAGGGAUCAGCACACCCUCAUCUCUUCAGGAGCUGUUGACGGAGUAAUCAAGAUGUGGGAUUUGAGGAAGAACUACACUGCACACCGUCAUGAUCCUGUACCCCUGCAGACAUAUCCGUAUCCAGGUUCUUGCACGCGGACGCGACUGGGAUAUUCCGGACUCGCUCUGGACUCCUCGAGAGCCAACGUGAUGUGUAACUGCACAGACGACAGCAUCUAUAUGUUCAAUGUCUGCGGAAUAAAAACGACACCAGUGGCAGUUUUCAGCGGUCACCAGAACUCCUCGUUUUAUGUAAAGUCCAGCGUUAGCCCAGAUGACCAGUUCUUGGCCAGCGGCUCGAGUGACAACCACACUUACAUUUGGAAGAUCUCCAAUCCUGAACUUCCUCCCAUGACCCUUCAAGGUCAUAUUGAAGAAGUGACGUCUGUUGCAUGGUGUCCAACAGAUUUCACUAAGAUUGCUUCCUGUUCCGAUGACCACACUGUGCGCAUCUGGCGACUUCACCGAGAAAAUGAUGAAGUACAGUCAUCAUUAGGAGAGGCUAACCUAGUGGGCCAUGCACGUCCUAAGAUUCUCCCAAGGCCUUCCAUUCCAGCUGAGACAACCCCUGCCAAGCCCCAGAGGAGAGUGAGCCUUGGUGGGAUAGCCUCACCUCAGCCUGCAGCCUGUGCUCCCAGUGGAGCCGCCCUGCCCCGUUCUUCCAGCACCACUACACCCAACCGCUCACAGGACUCUAAAACUGCAGCUGUUCGCCACAGAACUCCGCCCACUAUCAAACAGUGGUUGUCCCCAAGCAGCAGAUCUUCCGAACAGGUUGGCUCUCCAGCCCAUCGGGUGCUGAGCCACUCUCUCCAGAGCUCUGCAAGCAGCACGCCCCCCACAGAACGACGGGCCAAACGCAGGCUGGAAACCGGUGACGGUUCGUCUUCAAACUGUGAGGGCACUGAGCAGUGCGACUGCGUUACUGAACUCUCUCCUGCAGCCAAGAGGAGCCGGACCCUCUCUGGUGUUUGCUGCCCAGCACAGGAGAGCCCGGCACAAACAGACUGCCACAUAGAGGACAACAAUGCGGCUUCAUCCAGUCAGACUGACAAGGAGAACUGCUCUCCCAGAGGAGUUAACUGGCUGUCAGUGAUGAGCCAGAAGCUGAGGAAAGGUCAAAGAAGCCCUAGAAGUCCCAAAGGUCCCAGAAGUCCCAGUGCUGCUAAGAAACAAGAAAGCAAGACACCAGCAUCACCAAAUGUGUGCACCCCUCCAGCCAUGAAGAAAAUCUCCAUGUAUUUUACAAAAAGGCCUCUGGAUUGACCUGGUUGUACCAAACUUCAAGGUGGUUUUUAAGUGGGACCCAAAAACUAUAAGCCUCUUAAGAUCACUGAUUACUGAGAUCAGUCACUGAACAUUUGAUGGUGUGGAUUUGACAUCCAGGGACUGCUUUCCAUUUUAUUUAAAUUUUUUCUUUUUUUUUCUUUUUCUUUUUU